AUGGUCACUGGACCCGCUCACUGGGAGCUGCUUCUGAGGGCUCGCGCUGUGGAUACCCAGUCUUUCGGGAUUGUUUGUUCCCCAGCAAGGGACGAGUCUGCAGACUACAUCGCCUGGGGACACUCGAUGAUUGUCGACCUAUGGGGAGAAAAGCUCGGUGAACUGCAGGAGAAAGAAGACAUCUUGAUGGUAGACUUGGAUCUUACGCAGGUGGUUUCUCGCCGCCAAAACAUGCCAUAUUGGUUGCAGAGGCGACAGGAUAUCUACAAGUUGUCUUCUCCGUUUAUGCCGGAAAAGAAGCCAAGCCCGGACAAGUGA